AUGGAGACCGGCGAGACCGGCCCACCCCCACCAUCGGCGUCCGCGGCGACGAGCGUCCCGAUUGGGACAAAGGAGACGCAAGUCCCUAUCGCCGCCGCGACCUACGCCACCGCCGCGAUUCAAAAGACCAAGCAGACUCCCGAGCAGCAGACCCAACAACAACACCGUGCCAAGGCUUUGACCCAAAUGUUCGAAGUCAUGGGUGCUGUACCGGGCAAUCGCACCGACCGGUGGUUGCAAGCCACCUUCGCCACCGACGAGUACCCUGUCGCUACCGCUACAUCGCUCAAGUAUUCGGCUCUCAACGCCAAUCGAUCCAUUCGAAACAUCUUCGACUUUGCUCUCGACGUCACUUUGACCGUCCAAGGCGCCUCGAAGGCCUCUCCCGCGGACAAGGCCGAUCUGCUCGGUUGCGUCACGAGACUGCUCUCCCCGCAAUCGCCCCUGUGCUUCGACGCCGAGGUCACCCUUCCCGAGCACCUUGCGGCGUUUGCGCCCCAGAUUAGGGGUAUCCAACACUCGUCUUUCGUCAGGGCCGGUGUGGUCAACCACCGUAUCUCCGUGGGAUUCGUUUCGGCGAAGGCACGUGACUCGGCGCUUACGGCCCCACUGGCGCUUACUUGGCACUCUGCAAAGGCUCACUUCGCAAAGGCCCACCACUUCUACCACAACAUGGUCGAGCUGCGUAUCAACGUCGGUGUCGCAGCGGUCCCAUCCAGGGAUGCCAUUGUUGACUCUUUUAAAUCAAUUGUCACCAAAAUCACAGCCAAGGGACACCGUUGCGAGCUGGUACAAGUCUUGCGCGUGAUCCACGUCGAUAACGACUCGGCCUAUGCGCACUUGGCCGGCGAGUUUUCGGCCUUUAUCCGCUUCGACGACGACGCCCUUUUCAAAGCCCCUAACAACACGCUGAAGGAGCUCCUACCGUCGAAGGUCUCUCUAGCCACUAGAGGCAACAUGCAUACGGCGGUUCGUCACGACUACGAACGAGAAGCGGCCUGUGCUCGGUGCCACUUUGUGGGGCAUGUGGAGACCUGCGCGCUGGAACAGGAGAGGAGGCAGAAGGAAGCGAACAACAACACCGGAAGGCACAACAAGUACCACAACAACCCAACCAACACCAACAACAACAACAACGACACCACCAACACCAACAACACCGACAACGACGCUUCCGAGGUUGUGGCCCCUAGCCGCGCCCUCGGAACCGACCAACUCGAAUCGCGGAACCGAUUUGCGGGGCUCGAGGUCGAAGGAGGACAGGAGGAUGACGUCGAGGAGGAGGAUGCAGGAAAGGAGGGCGAGGAAAAGGAGCAGGUCGAAGAAGGAGAAGAGGAUACGGGCGCCAAGGCGGACGACGAGGAUUCGGACUCGGAUGGGAACGCCGGAGCGGGCAUCGACAAGGCGGGAGGCGACGACAAGGACGACGACAAGGACGACGACGAGGACGAACAGGACGACAGCUCGGAGGGAAGCGAACAAAGGGAGGACGAAGGAAACGAUGGGGAUGACGUGAUGAAAGAUGGAGCAGAGGAGGAGGACGAAGGGACGGAGACGGAGGUGGAAGAAGAGGUCGAGCAGGAACAGGGGGUACAGGACGACAGCAUCAUGAUCAUCGACGACGACCAAACGACGAUCACCACGGUUUCCCGCGAGUCGACUCCUCGGAGUCCCUCGUGGCCUCCACUAUCUCCUGAGACGUUGGCAAAGUCGCUGCGCGAGGGUGCGGAGUGGGACCGAGCUAACGCCGAAGCUGCUGCACGUGUCCAAGCAGAAAAGGAGGCGAUCAUCAACGCCCAACUCGACGCGGAGGAACCGCUCGUUCGCCACCAAUUUGCAGAGUGGGGUCAGGAAGAUGGACAACUGCGAUUCAUCAACAUUCGUGGCACCGGCUCCGGGUCGAACAAGAAGAUGAAGAGGUCGCAAACGGUGGCCGAUCUCAGCGAUCCGAGCGACGACCCGGUCGAUAUCAAGCGCGUUCUGAACAGGGUCAAAGGUCGAGCAGGAAAGGAGGUAGCGGGUCAGGGGAAGAGGGUGACGAGGUCGAUGUCGGCGGCGGCGGCGAUGCAGGUCGAGGGGGCCAAGGCGAAAGCGGAGAAGGGUAAAGGGGUGGAGGAGGAGAAGCGCUGGUCCGACCACGAGCCCGAGGAUGACAUUCUCCCCGAAUUCCCACUCUUUGAGGACGACACUACCGCCAAGAGCACGUCUACAUCGUCUAUCCAAUAAUGAUCAAGCACACCAUCACCAGCUGGAACGUGAGGAGGUGCAUGGGGAUCCCGGAAAAGCGACGCAACAUUUACACCUAUUUAUCAACAUUCAAAGCAUCCGCCAUUCUACUACAAGAACACUUCAUCAAACCGGAACUCUGGCAAUGUAUCAAGGACGAGUACGAGGGCAAGGUCUUCAUCAGCAAACACUGUCUGACUCUGAUCCCCGCCGACUCGCCCCUGAUCGACGCCGAGAUUUUGCGCACCCACUCGGCACUCGACGGACGAAUCCUGGUCACCUCCUUUCGACUUCGAGGCGACAUCCGGAUACUCGAGAUCAACAACAUUUACGCACCAGUCGAUACAAAACAACGACUCACAUUCUUUGACAAACUACAUUUCCACAGGACGCAGAGCACCCACCUUCGACUCCUCGGCGGCGAUCUCAACGACUGCCCGCUGCCGGCGAUCGAUCGGCGGAACCAAGGUCGGCACGGCCAUCACUGGCCGAUCCUGAUCGGCAAGCUCGACUCGCCCUACACCGACUGCAUACGAUUCAAACACCCGCUCACACCAUCUUUCACUCGACCCAACAUCGUCCGCAAGCGACCAAAGUCCUUUUCACGACUUGACUACUUCCUUCUGCAGCGCACCCACCAAAAGCGACUCGUCCAAGCCUCGACGAUCUACGACCACCCCAAGGACCUUUCGGAUCACCGACCGGUCUCGAUCGUCCUAGUUCUCUCGGAUGAGCGAGGAGACGCGGCUCAACCCAACAAUAGUUUACCAACGACAUCAAACCAAUUACAUCGUAUCAACGCGGCGACCUUCAAGACGGCGGAGUUCCAGGGAUGUUGGAAGGAUGGUUGGAAGGAGCGAGUGGGGAGGAACCGGUGGGGGAGCUCGAGGUGGUGCUGGGGAACUGCGCGAAGGAGGGUCGGGAGCUGGCGAGGAGGGAGCAUCGGGAGCGGGUGGAGCGGAUGGCGGUCUUGGUGGGAAGGGUGCAGGAUCUGGAGGCGUUGCCGGUGAUGGGGACGAGGAGACGGCCGAAUGGACGCGGACGACGGAGGAACUUAGGCGAGCGGUCAACGAGCGCGCGCGCCAACUUCGGAUCCGAGCCCACGUACCCGAAAUCGCUACCGAGGAACGACUGUCGCGGCCGGUCCACGCCAAGCUCGCGGCACGGAGUUCGGAUUCCAAGAUCACAGCACUGCGAUUGCCCAACGGAGAGCUGACACAUGACAUUGACGUCGCGCUUGACCACACACAGGCGCACUUUCAGCGCCUCUACGAUCUCGAGCCGCGCGAUCGGGACCACGUCGAGCGACUUAGGGACGAUUUCUUGGCGCCGAUCAGGUCGGCGCGCACUUGCGAUGACCCGAGCUCGGACCCGCUCUUUCUGCGACGACUCUCGGAAGCGCACAUCGAGCUGCUGCAGCAACCCAUCACCGAGGACGAGGUCGUAGCCGCAAUCGCAACAACACACCCCGGUCGAUCGCCGGGUCCAUCUGGCGUGCCCUACGAGCUCUAUCACACAGCGCCGCGGGCGUGGGCCAAGGCGCUGAGCAGGGCCUUCAACGCGAUGACCGAGCGCGGCUCGCUUUCACCGAAGCAGGGGCAAGGACUCGCUCGCCUGCUCUUCAAGCACCACAAGAUCGGGGCCGAUCGCGCCGAGCUCUCGUCGUACCGGCCCAUCACCUUGCGCGAGUGCGACUACAAGCUCUUCACCAAGGUCUACGUUGCGCGACUCAACCACGUGCUGCCGGACCUGCUCCCACCGCAACAGCACGGCUUCGUCAAGGGCCGCCGAUCGGCGGACGCGUCAUUCCACCUGCGACUCUUGAUCGAGGAGCUGGGCGCGCGCGGCACCGAGUUCCCUGACGCGGCGCUCUUGUCUCUUGACCAAUCGUCGGCUUACGACCUCGUCGAGCACGAAUGGAUCUUCGCCAUCUUCGACGCUCUCGGCGCUCCUGCCGCCUUCCAACGCGUUCUGAGGAUGCUCUACUCGGGUGACUCAACCACGGCGCGAUAUAUCAUCAACGGCUUCUGA